AUGUUGGUGGAACCGACGAAUACUUCAAUAGUUUUACUCAACGAAAUCAAUAAGCGUAUCUUGGAAAACAAAUCAGUUUAUGAUCAGGAUAUUCUCAACGAGUUAUGCUCUAUACAAUAUCACGGCGUAGUUUGUCGAAACUUCGAAUACAAAGAAGUCGCAGAUGGGAAAUGGUACUACCUCAGCGAUAAGGACCACAGUCUUAUGCGGCCCUACAUAGUUAAUAACAACUUCUAUGUUGGAUUGAAAAACAAGGAGGCUCGCCAGGCAAUAAAUGGCCUAUGGUUCUUGACUAGAAGCGGGCACUGUUCAAUAGAGAAGGUCGAGCGAGCCCGAAAACGACAUCUGGAAUAA